ACCGCAGAGCGCGCGUCUCCUGCACCUCAGCUCGCGCUGCAGAAUGCACCUCGGCUCGCGCGCGAUGAGUUUUCGGAUGAAUUGUGAAUCCAGUAAAGACUCAUUGUGCUAUCAUUAAUCAUCAUUUUAUCGCGUGCUUUUGGACCGGAAGUGAAGAUUUGACGGAAGUGGCGCUGUUUGUUUUGAGAAAGUCGCGCUGCGUGUUGAGUUGUUUCAGAGAGAGAGAGAGAGAGAGAGAGAGAGAGGAGUUCUUAUUCGCAGUGGACUGGGUGUGUGUGUGUGUGUGUGUGUGUGUGUGCGUGCGUGCGUGCUUGCGUGUGUGUGUGUGUGUGUGUGUGUGUGUGUGAUCCGCUCUCCGUUUAACACCUUGUCGGUUUUUUAAUUUUUUAUCUUUGAUCAUCGGGACUUUACGGUGAGGCGCGCGCAGGUUGAGAAUGGACGAGGCGGAGAAGUACCAGCAGAGACUGCAGGCGAUAGCGGAAAAGCGGCGAUUGCAGGAGGAACAAGAUCGAGCGAAACGCCAACUGGAAGACGAGAAACUCCGACUGCAGCAACUGAAAAGGAAGUCUCUGAGGGAUCAGUGGUUGAUGGAGGGACCUCUACUUUCUCCAGACAGUGCAGGACCUCGAUCUCCUCUCUGGGGUGCACAAGCUCAGCAGAUUGAAGCACACAUCAACAAGUUGCAAAGUGAGAUCACAGAAAAACCACACAAGCAUAAGGAAGACGGCUCAACUUCAGCCCAGCCACACACAGAUCACCACGGCAACGGCGAGAGAGCGAGUGCAGUGACUCCGCCUCCAUCAGGAAGUUCAGCGAACAGAGAGGAGAAAAGCACGGACCCUUCGCCUGACACGUCUCUCACCAACGGCACUGCACGAGACAAGCAAUCCCACAAUGCCCCUCUUCAGCAUGUUAAGGACAACAGCAAAGGGGCGGAGACUCUUCUAUUCCUGGGUUAUACGGAGGCGGAGCCUGGGCAGGGUUUGUGUGAUGAUGAUGAUGAUGAUGAUGAUGGUGUCAGUGCGGUCAUUCGCGCAGAGCGAGUGAUCAUCACGGAAGAGGGAGAGGAAGUGACCGAAGACUCCCAGGACACGCAAACCAAGGGGGAGGAAGUGAAAGCGGAAGAGGAAGAACGAGAGGAAGAAAGAGAAAAGGGAAAAGAGGAAAAAGGAAAGGAGGAAAAAGAAGAAGAAGAAGAAAAAGAAGAAGAACGAGAGAAAGAACUAGUUGAAGAACGAUUGGAAGAACUAGAGAAAGAAAGAGAGAAAGAACGCGUGGAAGAACAAGAGGAAGAACUAGAGAAAGAAAGAGAGAAAGAACGAGUGGAAGAACAAGAGGAAGAACUAGAGAAAGAACGAGAGGAAGAACUAGCGAAAGAACGAGAAAAAGAAAGCGAGGAAGAGCAAGAAAACGAACGAGUGGAAGAAAGAGGGGAAGAACAAGAGAAAGAAGGAGUGGAAGAACGAGAGAAAAAGAAUGCUGUAGCUGUUGAGAAUCAUCUAGAAAUGUUCACUGAGGCUGGUGAAGUUACAGAGCAAGAAGAAGGAAAACUAAACACAGAUAUCGAUUCAUCAAACGAAGACGCCAAAGUAAAAGUAAUCACACACGCCGAUGAAGAAACGAGCGCAAACACUGACGCUGAUUCUGACACAAAACCAACCAAAGACUCAGCCACAAAAUCAGCAUUAAACACAGAUUUAACAGCAGACGCAGAUCCAGCAGCUGCUCCUGAGCAGGAAAGUGCAGCAGCUGGAACACAGCCACAGUCUCUCGCCGAAACACCAGGGGGCGCCGUGGAGACACCACCCGUCUCUGUCACGCCGCCUGCUUCAGCCCUGAAUCCUAACGGUGCUCAGAAAUCCCCGGGUCCCGCUUCGUCCUCCGCAAACGCCGCAGCAGAGUUCCAGGAAAUACCACUGGGCGGAGUCACGGUGGAGGAAGAGCCGCUAUUGGCCGCGAAAGUGGAACCACUGACAGACGCAACGAACCCGAACCAGGCCGAGGGGGCAAAGACGAAAACCUGCAAGUGCUGCUCAGUCAUGUGAUCAGCGUCAUGUGACUUCCACAGUCAUGUGACUUUGACAGUCAUGUGACUUCACAGUCCUGCAGCCGGUUGCACCAGCUGAACGUUCGAUCACAGAGUCGGUCCUCACACUGAGCAGAGUUUAAAACUAGCACAGUGCAGAGUUUCAGUUACACCACAGACGCUUAAGCUACAGUAACAUUCGUAGUGCGUAACGUGACCGUAGAUCAAAACUGUCACACAGAGCGAGGCAUUACAUCAUCACCAGCCAAUCAGAAAUAAAAUCAGACAUAAACAGGAAGUGCAUUUAUUUCGACAUUUACGUAAACAUUUACUUCAUUUCCUUUGAGCGACGCGUGUCCUUCAACUCCGUCAUUUCAACAAACUCCAAAUCGACUUCGCUUUACAAUAAAGCGAUGCGUCUCUCGUGUGUGUGUGUGUUUCACACAAAUCAUUUUAGCGAUGAAAGAUAACGAAGCGGUUGCAAAAUUUCAAAACGUAUGAUGUGAACGUGAAUGAUAGUAAAGUACUUUACAUGAACUUUUUUAAAAAUAUUUUGCGAUGUACUGUAUCUUGCAAGCGAUAUCCGUUCGAUCAGACGUUUUACGCUAGCUGAAGAGUCCGAUAAAUAAUCGGAUAGAAAAAUAGCUGAUUUGUGGCCCAUCUUAUGAUCUGUUUUUUUGCUGUUACAAAAGUAUGUUGUCUGUAAACAUUUUUUUUUACUCUCGUGAACUUUGAACAGAAUUACAGAGUAGUUGUGUUUUUACGGAAGAUGUUACACUACUACGUUGUAGGCGUAAGAUUUAAGUUAUAACUUUUUAGUAUUUUGUAAACGUGAGCACAGCGUCCUCUCGCUCAGACUAACCUACAACAGAGUUUAGAUUCUGCUGGUGCAGCCGGCUGCAGUUCUCCAGCUUCAGCACGGCGCCCCCUGCUGGCCAUCUCAGACUAAACCAUUCAUUUCAGACUGUAACUGUGAGGAUUUCAGUGUGACGUAGACAGCGAAGGAAAUCUGAAACAGUUAUACUCUUAUUAAGCCAUAUAGAUAUAUAUAAAAUAAUCCCACCCACUUUAAAUACUUUAAAUAAAUCAGAUGUCAGACUCAACAUUUCAGUCAGCUGAUCUUUUUUAUUCCGUAUACAUUCUUUCCUUCGUUAAUUCCGUACUGCUCUCGGCCAAUCAGAGCGCAGAGUGUCAUACGCUUCUGAACAGUAUCUCCUUCAUGCCUUUGGGAUUUUUUUGCAGUGUUUUUAAUGCUAUACUUUAUAAUGUUACAGUAUCUUUACUAUUUUCUGAUAUUUCCUGACAUUAUAGUUUUAAUAAAUAUAAAUAUAUAAUCCCUGAACUA